CAUAAAUCAAACUUAUCGUAAGCCCAUGAAUCAUAUUCGUUCCCAUUUCUAACAGAGUCACCUGAUUCUCACAACUCCACAAAUACAGGAAACAAAAAAAGAAAAACAACACAACACAAUCAAAAUGGCCAUGAUCACGCGCCACACCGCCACGCGCCUCCCUCUCCUCCUCCAAUCCCAACGCGCCGCCGCCGUCUCCCACAUCCACACCUCCCUCCCCUCCCUCUCCCCCUCGACAACGCCGACAUCCUACACCAGACCAGGUCCACCUUCCACCUCCCCUCCUCCGCCGGGUCUCUCGAAGACGGCGGAGUUCGUGAUCUCGAAGGUCGACGAUCUAAUGAAUUGGGCUCGUAGGGGAUCGAUCUGGCCCAUGACGUUCGGCCUCGCCUGCUGCGCGGUGGAGAUGAUGCAUACGGGAGCUGCUCGUUACGAUCUGGAUCGAUUCGGUAUCAUCUUUAGGCCGAGUCCUCGUCAAUCUGAUUGUAUGAUUGUCGCUGGGACGCUUACUAAUAAGAUGGCUCCUGCUCUUCGCAAGGUUUAUGACCAAAUGCCCGAGCCAAGGUGGGUGAUUUCGAUGGGAAGUUGCGCCAAUGGAGGUGGAUACUAUCACUACUCCUACUCUGUGGUUCGAGGGUGUGACAGGAUUGUUCCAGUUGACAUUUACGUCCCUGGGUGUCCUCCAACAGCCGAGGCAUUGCUCUAUGGACUCCUCCAGCUUCAGAAGAAAAUCAACAGGCGCAAGGAUUUCUUGCAUUGGUGGAACAAGUGAAGAAGCCUUAAAAUCCUAUCCAUCUUCCAUUGUGAAAGGGAGACUUCUUUUCAGACAAAUUUUACCAAGAUUUGGGGAUAAUAAAACGUGGACGUUUCAACGCAAUGUUUCUUUUUGAGGUGGAGAUGCCAUGUAAACCAGUGCUUUUAUAAGUUUGUUGUGGAAACUUAAAUAAACAUAAGAUUCUGUUGUCCAAGUUCUUUUUAUUGGAUCGAUUCACACGCUCUUUGUUUUUCCUUUCUUUCGUUUUAGAGCUUUGUAUUUCCAUUAAACAGUUCCACACAUUUAAUGGAAGAUUCUUGUUUAGAAUGUUGUAUCCAUACCAUCUUGGUUAAGACCAAUGACUGAAAGGGAGAAACAGUAUGAAUGUUGUUAGUAUUUUCAAUAAAAUGGUACGUUUGAG